UGUUGUGUUGAGAUGGUGUACAAUGUGUGUUGACAGCUAUGCAGACAGCUUUGAGGUAGUCACCCUGGGUGACAGCGACUUUGAUGACGACGCGAGCGUUGACAGUUUCGAGGAUGUCAUCAUGCCAAGUGAGCUGGAUCCCUACCGCACCAAGCGCUGUCCAUGUGACUGUCACAAAGACCCUAACGAUAUCAAGCUGCACAAACGCAUACGGCAUUGCUUUAACUGUUGUCUCAAGGUGAUUGACGGGAAGCUGUACUUCCAACCCAGCAGCAAGAAGCUGCAUCCAGCUGAAGUGGUUGUCCAUGAAGCUGUGCCCCCAUCCCCACAAACCACCACCCCGGAGUUGGAGGACGACCAGACAGCAGACAAGGAGAACCACAACUGUCUCAGUGGUCGGCCCUCCAUCGUGUCCCCUUCAGUCAGUCACUCCUCGCCAGCCAGGGCAAAGAAGAUCAAGUUAAAAAUCUGUCGUCAGAAGGCUGGCCAGAAGAGGUUUCUUUCCCUCAGUGAGUUAGGAUCUUCUCCAGUAAAGAAGGAGCUGGAGCCAAGCUGCGACUCGGAAGGAACCUCUGACGUGGCAGGAAGUGCUGAUGCUGACACAGGUGUCACGACAAGAACAAGGAAAUCACGUGAAAAGAGUUCUGCUACACGGACGUCGGACUAUGUUGUGAGUGUGCCCGAUGACCUUGUCGCCAACCCUCCAGUGAUCAUGCAGGACCAGAUUAUGCAGGAGGAUCAGAACGGUGACUCCCAGAGUCUUGCAACAUCUAACCCUGUCAUGGUCACAUCCUUUAGUGCCGUGUUCACCUCUAGUGCUGCAAUUACAACUGUGUGUCCCAGUGUUCCGACCCUGGUCCCCCAAACAGUCACCACCCCCAUAAUCCAGGUUCCGGGGUCUGACAGACUCAUUGGGACUACACUCAAUACAACCAAGCCACCAGGGCAGACAGGUGGAUUUGUGAAACUCUCUCCAUCAAAGGGUCCCUCUAGUCCUAAUGUCACACAGAUCUCCAUUGGAGUGACUCAGUCGUCUGGGAGAUCAAGUGGAACUGUGAAAAGUGCAAAAACAUUAACAAUUGGUUCCUCAAUCUCAGCACUGUCUGGGUCAGUGAGGGAGCAUAAGAUUCCCAGGGAAGCACCAUCAUUAACAAAUACUGAGGCAGUAAGAGCCAAAGGGGCUGUAAGUUUCCCUAAUCUGAUGGCAGUUGGAGUAUCUCAUACCGAUGCCAUCACACUUAACAGUGGCAAACAGAUGCCCACACCGACAGCAUCUGCAACCAACACUGCAUCACAAGUCCGAGCCUGCGAUGGUGGAAGUGUGUCUGGAACAGGCUUUGGGAUGUCCAUUCUGGAGAUGUUUGAUGGCCCCUCUAUGCAAGGGGAUGCAUCACAGAGUUGUAUGUCUGACAUUCUUGCCAAGGCAAUGAAGACAGCAGAGAUAAGUAGAAGUGAUGCAGACAUAUCAAUGUCCAUGGACUUCAUGAACAAUUUCAUGGCAGCAAAUUUCAAAACAUUUGGAUCAAGAAAUAAUUCCCCAGUAAAAUGUAUGCCUGUUUUAAGUGAAGCGACCCAACAGGGUGUAAUAACAUUGAAGGAACAUUUAGUCAGAGCUGGCAUCAUCCACAAGCCAGAUGACCUUCAAGGUGGUACAGGUAUUUCCCAGUGUAAUCAGCCAGAACCUAUUGUUGGACAGUCAGGUGGACUGGGGAACUCUGUAACAACAGUUGCUGGAAUACCAGUGACGCUGGUGCAACCUCUCAGUACAGAAUGCAGUGGCACAGGGGCAGAGUCCCUUCCACUUGGAAUGUCCAGUAAUGUGGGUAAACAGCAGAAUCCUCCAGUGUUGAAAACCUGCACUGUGGGUGAACCCAGUGUACAAGCGAGCCAGGCAGCACUGUCCAGAGAAGCAUGUGCUGUUGUAGAGGGUGAUGGUGUUUGGGGGACACGCCAGGCUCCAACGGAGGGGAGAGACGGUGUUGCACAACUGGGGGCAGUGGGUAGUAGGACAACAGUACCUGUUUCAGAGGAACCGAUGGAGUGGGAGGAAGAAGAGGAGACUGAGGUGGAAUGGACAAAGGACAUGGACAAAGUUUGCCUCGAGAUGUGUAAGAAGAGUGGUCCUGGUGAUGAUACGUUUGCACAAGUUGCAGAGAAACUCAAACUUGUCACCCCGAAUGAGGUUGCAGCGAGAUUUCAGAAGCUGAUGAUACUUCUGUCAGGACUGGAGAGUGAGGAUGACAGCGAGCAGGAUGACUGAGACCGUGAUCAAGUCAGAAAUUCUGAAUUCUCAAUGUUGACAAAAAAGAGCACUUUGUAUUCAACUUGUAUUUCAGCAUUACACAGUACAUAUAAUGGGAACUGUCAAGGACCAUUGGGGUCCUCCUUGGAUGCCUCCAUUUAGACUACUGGAAAUUGUUGAUCUUGUGUUUGUUGGCAAGAUUUUGCCAAAUGUUAAUGUUUUGGUUCAUGUUGGCUUUGCUUUGAUGAGUUCAAUAAGUUCAGCAUUUCCUGGAAUGAAGUGCUGCUGAGUUUGAAAACAUGUUGACCACAGCUAUCCUUACAAUCUGUUAUUGUAAGUAGUCUUGAGGAUGGGAACACAAUCUGAAGUUGGUCUGAAUGAUGACCAGCACCUGUUCAUGUUACAGCACGUUACAUCUUGCUGUUCCUCAUGAUGUGUACAGUAUGUACAUAACAUUGUAUAGAAUACCUUUAUGGCAUUGUAAGGAUGCUGUUGUCAAUAAAUACUCGUUUCACACAGA